AUGAGCGCCCAGCAGGACCCACGCGGUCUCAACGCGUCCAGUGAAAUCACGCUUCCAUUAGCUUCAACCCAGGCAACUCAAACAUUCAGUUCGUCAGCUAAUGUCCGGCUUCCGAACCGGAUCGGAACGGGCGCCCAACGCCUGGACGAAGCUUUAGAUGGCCAAUUCAAGCAUCAUCGACGCCCUACGGGCAUUGUGCGUGGUCAAAUCACAGAAGUUUGGGGACCGCCGGGAUCCGGGAAGACGUCGCUGGGGUUGAGUAUUGCACGCAGUGCAUUGGAAGACGGCGGCAAAGUAGUCUGGAUUGAUACGAGUUCUCCCGUGCCUGCACCACGUCUGCAGCAGAUGGGAAUGAAUGUCAAAAACUUUGUCUAUUUGCGCACGCCGACGCUGCCACAUCUUCUUGCUCUCCUCGGGAAACCACCCAAGAACUUCCCACCGACAGGCACAUCAUUGAUAGUCAUCGACUCGGUGUCAAGUCUCUUCCAAUCGUACUUCACCGGCGCGUCAGAGCUCAAAGCCCAGCUCGCACGCGGUAAAAUCAAAGACAAGAAUGAGCUGCAGUGGCUCCUGAAUCGAAGAUGGAAUGUCACCAACGAGCUCUCUCUCUAUUUGACGAAACUUGCUCUGAAGAGGAUUGCCGUGUUGGCUCUUGAUCAGACUCACACGAAGAUCAAGGGGCAGGUUCGUCCUACUCUGGGGCCUACGGUUUGGGGCGGAGGGUGGGAAAAGAGUGUCCUCACGCGUGUCGUGCUCUAUCGCGGUAAACGUGGUGAACGCUUUGCAGAGGUUACCAAACGUGGGGGCAAUUUUCUACCUAGGACUGGGAGGGUGGUUGUUCGCUUUCGCAUUGCGAGGGAUGGCUACCGUGAUGAUAAACCAACGGGGGUUUCCAUUCGGCGAAAGCUCCCUGCCCGGUCUUCUAACCUGCCAAGUCACGUCUUCCAAACUCCGAAGGCACCGACUCCUUCUCCAAUAUCGCCGCUUCACAGAUCACCGGUUGUCAGAUCACCCAUCUCCAGACCACCAGUUGCUAGAUCGCCGUUUCCAAAAUCACCACUUGCCAAGUCACGACUCUCUACGUCAACAAUUCCAGAUGAAUCGUCUAACACGGUCCCUCCACCGCCGCCGGCGCGGAUGCCGAAGAAGCGCAAAGUGGACGAGGUGGCAGACAGCCAGGACGAAUUCUCGGAUGAUGAUUUCGAAGACGAGGAAUUCCCCUAG